AUGUCCGACAUCAACUCCCGGGGUUACGCGAACGCCGACGCGCUCGUGUCAACUGACUGGGUCGCCAAGCACGCGAAUGACGAUGGCGUGAGAAUCGUCGAAUCGAAUGAAGACCCGUUGCUAUACCCUUCAGGUCACAUCCCCGGCGCGGUCGAGAUCGACUGGGCUGCCGAUUUGAACGACCCUUUGCGCCGAGACUACCUCGACCGCGAUGGCUUCGCGAGCCUAAUGUCAUCGAAAGGCAUCUCCAACGACACCACUGUUGUCCUCUACGGAGACCGCAGCAACUGGUGGGCUUGCUACGCGCUGUGGAUCUUCCAACUCUUUGGCCACACUAACGCCAAGAUUAUGGAUGGCGGCCGACUGAAAUGGGAAGCCGAAGGUCGAGAACUCACUCGCGAAGCCCCGGACGUCGCAUCGGCAAGCUACAACGCACCUGAGCGAGACGACUCAGUGGUGCGUGCCUUCCGAGACGACGUUAUGGCGCACAUUGACAUCUCCGGUCAGAUGAUCGAUGUCAGGAGCCCCGAAGAGUACCGCGGUGAGCGACUCCACAUGCCCGACUACCCGAACGAAGGUGCACUUCGCGGUGGACACAUUCCGGGUGCAGCAAACGUCCCUUGGGCAUCGGCUGCUAACGAAGAUGGUACGUUCAAGGACGCCAGCGCCCUCCGCGGCAUCUACGAGGGUAAUGCCGGUCUCGACUCCGACGACGACGUAAUCGUCUACUGCCGCAUCGGCGAACGCUCGAGCCACACUUGGUUCGUUCUCACCAACCUCCUCGGCUACGGCAACGUCAAGAACUACGACGGAAGCUGGACCGAGUGGGGCAACUCCGUUGGCCUUCCAAUCGAGAAAUAA